AUGGUUCGAUCGUCGUUCUUUCUUCAUCCCUUCACCUGGCUGAUCGGCGCCUAUGCCAUCGAUCAAGAGAUGGUGAUCGACUGUGAUAUCCUCGUGGAGCUAGUCUGCUCGCUAUUGGCAUCAGCGCCCAAUCCGCCGCCUCGAUCUGACCAUGGCUCCGGUUCCAUUGAAGCCCUCGCCCAGCCUCGAGGCCCGCGACAUCGUCCGCGACGCCGUCUGCGCCAACUUGUCGCCACCCUCGCCUCACCCACCGCUCUGCCGCUGCGGGACGACCGGAUCCAGACCGAGGUCAAGUUCGGGGCGACAGUCGACCCUAGCCUCGACCUCACCCUCGCCGCGCUCAGGGUCCUCUGCUGCGAGGAGAUCGACGGGAGGAGGUGGAGUUAUGUGCUGGACGACGUGGAAUGCCCGCCCGGAACUAAGGCGCGGAAGGGACCGUCUCUGCGCGCCGUCCCGAUGCAGAGCCCCGUGGAUCCCUUGGAGGAGUUGAUGUCAUUCGUAAGAUCGUAUGUAGUGCCUGAAGGUUUUCCUGACAGUGUGACACCUUCUUAUGUCCCAUAUAUGAGAUGGAGGGCUUUGAAGCAUUUCUUUGGUGGAGCCAUGGGUGUUUUCACAACACGGACACUGUUAAACUCUGUAGGAGUAUCCAAAAAUACAGCUGCAUCAGGUGCUGUUGCCAUCAAUUGGAUACUCAAGGUAAAUUCUUUUUUUUUUCCCAGAAAAAUUAGUAGUCUAUGUUGAAUUCACUUAUUGCUUAU